UCGUCUUGGGCAAUCUUCGGCUCUUCCUGUCGACUCGAACUUUCCCCUUGCUACAGUUCGCUUGGGCGAUUUCGAGGGCGACUCCUCCUUCCUCCGCCGCUCCGCCGGCCCCUCUCCUCUGGCGCCUCUCCGGCGACGGACUCGAGAGGGGAGCCCGGCCCCUCGGCGGGUGGAGCUGUAUAGCAGUAGAUCUAGGGUUAGGUCUUCGUGUUUCCCUUUCCCGGUGGCGAAUGCUCUUUCGCCGUCUAGGAUUUUGGCUCCCCUCCCCUUCAUCAGCGGCGGCGGCGGCGAUGACGGCGUCGGCUCUGGCGAUGGUCGAGGGUGGAGGUGUUCCCCUUCGGCGUCGAUGUCGGAUUGGGGAUUCUGCUCGCCGGGACUCAUUCAUGGCGGGGACGUUGAGCUCGUCGACUUCCCUGUUGCGGAGGAGGCCAGGUGCGAUGCUUUUGCUCUAAUAAUGGGGGGAGUCGGGAGUGGAUCUCAUCCCCUGCUUAGGGUUUGGCUUGAGGUGGGUCGCCGGGAUGUCUUUGGGCGGCGGCGGCGCCAUCUCUGUUCUCCGGGCGGGUGGCUUCGUCGCCGGCGCCGGCUUGUGCUUCAUCUCUGCGAAAAAGGGUGGGAGCUUCCAGUACUCCCCGUCUGCGGGACCUGGAUUUCGGCCGCUGGCCUCGCCGGCGGUGGCGGACUGUUGCUCUUGAGGUUCUCACCGGAGCGGAUGCCGAUGGUCUUUCAGCGGAUUGGUUACGGCUCAGUGGAUCUGGGUCGUCGGCUCUUGCGGCUCUACAUGUGUUGGUUCGCUUCGGUGGUGGCAACAAGAAGAAGCGGCGGUCGGCGGCGAGCUGCAGUUCGGUGGCGGCGACUGACAGUUCGAGGCGACCUGGCGGUGAACCGAGAACAAACUGGAAGCAACGGUUAUUUGCAAAGAAGCCCUUGUACUUUUUUUCUUUUCUCUUUUGUUUCCAGGUUUCUGUUGUAUUUGGGGAGGGGAUGUACUGUUAUCCAAAUCUAAUGAAAUCCUCAUCCUUUCGCAAAAAAAUCCCAACCCUAAGCAACGGCGCAGCAGCCAUCAAGCGACGGCCGACGAGACGACGAGCACGGCGCAGGCGCGCGGCUUCCCGGCCGCUCAGGCGCGUGGGCGCGGUCACUGGUCCGGUGUCCCUGUCGGGCAGGACUGCUGCCGGCGGCCGCGCGGCGCGGCGUCCCGGCCGCUUGGACGCGCGGCACGGUGCCCCGGCAGCUCGCCCGCUCGACAUCCAGGAAGCAAGCAAAGGUGGCGUGCGGCGCGGCGUCUCGGCAGCUCGCCCGCUCGGCGUCCAGGAAGCAAGCAAAGGCGCAGGCAGCAAGCAAGAUCACGGGAGCAGAAAAGAAUUAGCCGGCAGCAAGCAAAGCAAAAGGCAGCAAGCCAGCGAACGUCCGGUCACGGCAGUCGACACUUAAAGGCAAGUUGGCGCGCAAAGCCGCAGACAGAUCACUGGCGCCAAGUACGUCGGCCCAAUAAUUUUUUUGUAGGAAAAGGCCCAACCCCACAAAUUGGAUUGCUCGUAACAUAGAUCCAGUAACAGCCUGUUUCCAACUUUGAAGGCCCAUCUAGCCUCCUCAAGGCCGCCGUCCACUCCUCUCCCGAGUGCCGCCGCAUCUCUCCGUCCGCCUCAUCUCCGACGGCCGGCGUCGCAUAGAGCCAUCGGCAUGCCAUCUCCGCGGCUGCCGCUCGCCUCGCCAUGCCACGGCCGGUUUGUCCUCCUCCUCGUCCCGGCGCUGCUGCUGCUCUCCUCCGCCGCGCACAGCGCGGAGGAAUCGAAGAGGGUGCUUAGCGUCGGCAAGGAGCUAGUGGGCGAGACGAUGCCACUGCGCCACGGCCGGCGGGUCUACAGGGUCGACGGGCUGCGGCCGUCCGCGUGGUACGAAGUCAAGAUCUCCUACCCGGCCUCCAUACCGUCCAGCUUUUCGAUCCGGCUUGUGGACGAUCCUGACGAUGCGGACUGGAGCAGCAAGAACAGGAGGCUGCUCAACACGGAGAAGAUAAUUUUCAAGGCUGAGGAUAGCAACCCGGUUUAUGUUCUUGUUACUGUGGAGCCGGAGGGUGUGGUGGCAAAGCCAAAUGUGCAAGAGAGAGAACUCGCACUUUUUAACAUUGUUUGCGAUGAACUUAUGCUUGGGAUCCCUGUUUUUGCCUGGUGGGUUGGAAUCGCAGCACUACUCUGCAUCGUGCUGGCGUCGCUGGCACCACUUGUUCUCCCGCUGCACAAGAUCCUUAACUAUGAAGCCUCGGACCUGAGCAAAUGCGACGCCGCAAAGGUGUCAUGAUAGAUGAAAUAGGGUUGCAAGACACAAGUGCUCAAUUUUGCAGAGAGUAGGCAAUUGUAGUGAUCUUUGCCCUUUCUGAUGAUCCAUGCAUCUGACAGUGAUUGUUGUACCCUGGAGUUUAGUGCUCUACGCAUCCACUCCAAUCCUGUAGCUGACAUAUCAAUUGUUCGGUCUUCAGUUUAUGUUGAUAUUUUUGCUGUA